ACACGUAGUUUAGGUGAGAGUACUAGACUAGCUUAAUUCACUAUCCAUAACCGUGCAACUGCACAAACCACCAAACCUAUUCGCUUACUUCCAUACCAGUAUCACUCUUUCCCACGCGCUCCCAUGCGCGUGUGAUUCUCCCUACUUUCUCCCUCUUUUAUAACAACGUGAAUUACUCAUACAACUUUCUUUCUCUCUCUCCAAUUACAACAUCGAUGAAGAAGAUGUUUCUUUGAGCUUUCGAUUCAUCAUUCACUCACUCACUCACUCACGUUCCUUUAGGAGCGUGAAUCUCAUCGUAAAAUCAUUUCAUUCUUCCCUCAUUUUCCAAAUUCUUCAAGAUAAGGGCCAUACAUCUAUAGCUUUUAUCAGUUAGAAAUGGAUUUAGAAGAGAAGUUCCUUGCCAAAGUUUCUGGUGUUCAAAGCCUUUCUUCCAGUGUGCAAAGUACUCCAGAAAAAAAUGGACAUUCAGAUGAUGCUUCGAGAAGUUCAGAACUCCUUCAGGAAUUCAUGAAACAUGGUCCAAAAAAGGAACUUCUUCAAACGUGCUUUGAUAAGGACAAAAAGAACACAUCUUCGAAAAACAGAAUGACUGAAGGAAAGUCAUCUGGUAAGGUAAUUAAGAAACACGACACAAAAAAGGCUUCUAGUCUUAGUCGUCAGUCCUCAAAAAAACAAAAUCGGAAGGGUGAAAACCCCAUCCGACUCAUACCACCCCCUGACGAGGAUUCUGAUUUUGGACAUCUGAGCACUUGGAUCUGUAAGAAUGCUGCUUGUAGGGCGGUUCUAUCAAUGGAUGACACAUUUUGUAGGCGAUGUUCUUGUUGUAUCUGUCACCUUUUUGAUGAUAACAAGGAUCCUAGUCUUUGGUUAGUAUGCACAUCUGAAUCUACUCUAGGGGACUCCUGUGGAUUGUCUUGCCAUAUCGAAUGUGCCCUUCAACAUGAAAAAGUGGGAGUUGUUGAUCAUGGGCAACUGAUGCAACUGGAUGGUGGUUAUUGCUGCGCGUCCUGUGGUAAAGUUACUGGGAUACUCGGAUGCUGGAAGAAACAGCUAAAUAUUGCAAAAGAUGCCCGGCGUGUAGAUGUACUCUGUUAUAGGAUAUAUUUGAGCUACAGGCUUCUGAAUGGAACUUCAAAAUUCAAAGACCUGCAUCAAAUGGUUCAGGAGGCAAAGGCUAAACUGGAGACAGAAGUUGGUCCUCUUGACGGAGUUUCUGCCAAAAUGGCACGAGGCAUUGUCAGCAGACUCCCUAUUGCCAGUGAUGUGCAGAGACUCUGCACUCUUGCUAUUGAGAAAGCUGAUAGCUGGCUGGCCACUGUUACCAAUUUAAAUCCAGAGGGUUCACUUCCUGCUGCUUGCAAGUUUGUUUUUGAAGAGGUAACAACUUCCUCUGUCAAAAUCAUUUUGAUUGAAAUGUCAAGUAUAUGUUCCGAGGACAUUAAGGGGUACAAGCUCUGGUAUUACAAGAGUCGGGAUGAGCCACACACAAAGGAUCCUGUUUCCGUGUUUCCCAAAUCUCAGAGGAGGAUUUUGAUAUCCGACCUUCAACCUUGCACGGAAUAUACUUUUCGAAUUGUAUCUUACACUGAUAUGGGUGACCUGGGUCAUUCCGAGGCUAAGUGUUUCACUAAGAGCAUCGAAAUAGUUCAACAUAAAAUCAAGUUUGUUGCUUCGAAUCAUAAAAAACUGAACCCUCACUCAGGGGGAGAUUUUUCCGCAAUCACAGGCCCCAGAUUUAAGGUUCAAGACCUUGGGAAAAUUUUGCGUCUUGCUUGGGCUCAAGAACGUGGUUACUUUGAGGAGUGUUGCUCCGCUGAUAUGAAAAAUUGCUGCGGUCAAGGUGAAAUGAACAAGCCUAAAAUUUCAGAAACCUGGUUUCCUUCAGAUUCGCGAGGCCUUGAUUUAAAUGUCGUUUCAGUCCCUGAUUUGAAUGAAGACCUAACACCUCCUUUUGAGUCUUCCAGAGAUGAAGGUAUUGGUUGCACUUUACUGCAGGCUGUAGAGGCAGCUGAUGAUGCUGCUUCUCAUGACCUACAGAAAAAUGAUUUAGCAAGAUCACAUAGGAGUGGCGACUCACAAACCUGGGCUCAUGGCCCAAGAGAAGUCUCCGCUGUUGAUUCCCGUGUAUAUGCUGCAGGCAGGAAAAGGGCUGCGAGCACAAAUGAAGAAGGAUAUGACUGCGACAGCACUUUAAUAAAUGGUUCUCCUUUACGUAUGCCUGUUGGUUCACGUUCCUUGGAUGAAAACUUUGAGUAUUGUGUGAAAGUAAUCCGUUGGCUAGAGUGUGAGGGUCACAUCAAACAGGAGUUUCGGUUGAAAUUGCUAACAUGGUUUAGUUUGAGAUCAACAGAACAGGAACGCAGGGUGGUAAAUACCUUCAUUCAAACUCUGAUGGACGAUCCAAGUAGUUUGGCAGGGCAACUGGUCGACUCUUUCUCUGAUAUUGUAUCCAGCAAGAGGCCAAGAAAUGGAUUCAGUAGUAAAGCCGGGGCAUCAAAAUAAGCAUUAUCAUGUUAUACUGGUUUGUUAUUUACCACACACCCUCGUGUGAAGAUAAAUCACCGUCUGAUUGUUUUUGCCUUCCCUGUACAGGAAUUUUUUUUCCAAAAUUAAUCGCCCAUUGAAGGGAUUCAUUUUUAUUGCAUUAGACAGGCUGUCUUGCUCAAAGAAUUUGCAUUGAUGAUUGCAGAAAAAGUAACUAAUUUUUCCUAGGAGGGAGGGAGGAUGAGGAUCAUUGGACGAAAAGUUUCAGAAUGCAAGGCAUGGUGUUAUUUAGUAAAUUCCUGUAAUUAUUUGCAGUAUGAAUUUAUUCACAGAUGAUACUAGCAUUGAAAUCUUCUUUUCAUAAUCUUUAUUUGAAAAGGCUACAUGGUAUACUUGCUAAUUUUAUUCAAUCCAUUGGAUAUUUUUUAA